AUGACUAGCCCGCAGGGCGGAAGCGGCCCAGAUCAACAUGCCAGCCCUGUGUCGGCACUCUCACCACACAAUCGAACAGACAGCAGCGACCGCGAUGCCGACGCACCAGAAGCAGUCGACCCCGCGAUGACGCCGUCUACUUUUGUCGCGAGCCCUGCCACGGACUACAGCCACCCGCGAACUGCCACGAGCAGCCAUGCGGACGGCACGGAUGAAGGCGCCAAGGAGGUCUUUACAUACGACAAGUCGGAGAAGAUAGCAGUCCCGACAGCAUACGAGUAUCAAAAUUCGCCAUACCCGCAGGUCGUUGGUGUCCAAAAUGAGGACCACGAGCGUGGAGGUGACGCAGAACAUAAUGUAGGCGGGGCCCCUUCAAAGUCCAAGAAAGAGCCUCAGGCGAAGAUACUCGGACUAAAACGACGAACAUUUUUCAUCUUGCUCGUUAUUAUGUGUGUCGUAAUUGCCGUGGCAGUUGGUGGUGGUGUUGGUGGCGCCUUGGGAUCCAAAAAGUCCAACUCCAGCAGCGGGACGACUGAUUCGGCCGCGACCAACGAAUCAAGUUCCGUGUCAAGCUCGACAACAGCCCCGACGUCAACUCCAUCCGCGACGACACCAUCAACCUCUGCCACCAAAUCCUCCUCCUCCUCUUCUACUGCCCCCAGCUCGACGGCCACGUUCCUGAACCAGACAAACACCGACUCCGGCCACUUUUUCCAGGGCUUCUCCAAGCCCAACAUGACGGGCGAGCACACGAGCAUCGUCUCCGAGGUCGACGGCGCCGACUUUGCGUUUGACGUGCACAGCUACCAGUUCAUCGCCCGCAACACAAACUGCUGCCUCUCCUUCUGCACAAACGCGACGAGGGAAGGCUGGCUGGGCUAUGUGUGCGAGUCAAAGACGCAAAACGACGCGGCAGAUGUGUUUUCGCGCGUGUUUGUUUGGUGCAGUGACAAGCGCACGGCGGCGGUGGCGAGGGGGCGAUGCGCAAAGUAG